UCUAACCGGAGUGGUGUCGUUAUAAUUACACCACCUAUAUGAUUACGCAGAUUUAUGUUACGCACGUCAGCAAUUAUGGACUUAAUCAGCAGGUCAGUUGGAAGAAUUUCGGACUAGUAUCUCGGUUGUCGUGAAUUCGAGUCCAAUAUCAGCCGUAAUUUCAGCACCAACGUGUUGACGAACGACGUUGUCAAAUACAUCUAAAGGACCAUGGCUGGAAAUCUGAAUUCAUGUAACCUGUUUAGCGAUCAGGAGACCUGCAACUGGUUUAAGGCGUCCGUUGCACUGAUCAUUACAAAGCAAGGACUCGAGAAGUUUGUUGAUUCAGAGAUUAAAAAUUUCCAAGCUGUCGUCGGGACUGGUUGUGGAAACUGUUCAAUAGAAAACGUUCUGCACUGUCCAACAGGUGGUAUAUGCAAACCCUCACCGAAAUGUUUCUUCCACAAAACAAAGGCGUUGCAACACCGACCUUGCCCCAGCAACGCAUGUGACCAAGUUCAACAAAAUAUAGCAUCUCAGCAUAGAUAUCCAACUCCAUCAUGGAAGAAUACAAAAGCUGAGUUGUGGUCAACCAAUCAUUGGGAGAUGGCAAAAUGCUUUCUGCCUCCGGAUGGAUACAUUGAUGUCUCAUCAGUACAGGACACAGACUUCAAUGGAGUGAUUAGUAUCAUGCUGAACUGCAAAUGGUUUGAACAGUAUUUCUCCUUCAAUAUAUCACCCUCGCCUCCUGCCUCCGCAUGUCUUUUGACGAAGGCUCGUCAAAUAGGUAGAGAUGUGCGCCACACGUCCAACUGCCAGGUCACAGAUUUAAAUCUGAAGAAAAAUAUCCAUAAAUUGACGUUGCUACUCUCCGACCAAAAGUACCUUGCAAACGAUCCCGACGCAAAAGUAUCAAAAAGCAAAUUGAUUUGUUUGCAGAAUAACCAGCCUUUUAUACCGACAGAAGAAUUAAUUGAACUUCUCAAAGAUGCACAUAAAUCUCUGAUAAAUUUAAAGAAAGCAGAGGAAAGACUUUCGCACAAAGAAGAAAAAACACUAAAUGAAAUAAACAUCCAGAUGCAACAGCAAGCUAAGGCUGCAUGUGAGCAGGUUUCAAGACAAGCAGAAAGGGCUCAAAAUGAGAUUCAAGCUGCUACGGAAAAAAGUAUUGCGCGAAUAAAGAGGAAGGCAAAUGAAGAAUUAGAAUUAAUUUCCAAAGAGGCGAAACGUUCUCUGGAUCAGUUGCAUGUUCUUAUUUCUACAAGUGGUGCAAUGUACGAUGUUGACGCAGCUGCGUACACACAAACACGUUUAGGUGCGACGCAACAUGAAAACCUCACCAAACAAGAUUUUGAAAGCCGUCAUCUCAGUAGAACAGAGACUUUAAAAGACCAUUCAAACUACAAACAUGAAUGUGAAAAUUUUCGCCGAAGGUUGAUACAACAUUACCAAGAUUCACUCAAACAUAUGCCUUUAUCCUCGUUUAGUAUGAAUGAAUCAAAGCCAAGCCGAGGAAUAGAGAAAUUGUUUGCCAACCGUCGUAUUUACAAAAUACAAAGGCACAACGGAACGGAUACCCUUCAACCAUUUGUACAGAGGAUUGAACACGAAAAAAAUCUUGAAAUCACAUGUUACAAGGACCUCAUCUAUACAAACAAUAAAUUAAACCGACAAAUUGUGAUUCAAGGAGAGGCUUGUGUCGGUAAAUCCUCAUUUACUGCUAAGUUAGUUUUAGACUGGUGCAUUACAUAUAAGUCAACAUCGAAGACCAGCGAACGACUUACACCGAAGACUUACGAACUACUAACUGAUUUUACUGACAUAGAAACGCUGAAUUCUUUCGCCUUUGUUUUCUUUCUUCCUAUACGAGACUUAGGUGCUGACCACAUCAUUACAAAUAGUAUUAAGAAACACAUUAUCGACGUGAUCUAUAUUGAAACAGAACGAAUAAAAGCAUACAAACUCCUUAACAGAAUUCUUGACACAGAGACGUGUCUUAUUCUACAAGAUGACAUUGAUGGCCAUAGAGAAAAACAACCAGAACCUGAGAGGAAUCCCAAUCACAAUCAGUGUACUGUCUUAUCAACUGUACGCCCAUGUCAAUUGUCUAAGGAACGAAUUAGAGGGACUAAAAUCGACAGUCUUCUAUUAAUGGAUGGGAUAAAAGAUCCAUUUAAACUGUGCAAUAAAUAUAUGCAAUCUCUCGGUAAAAGUGAGCAAUACGAGGAAUUCAAACAAUAUAUACAAAGUAAUGAAAUUGAAGAGAUAUUGUCAAAACCAAUAUUUGUGACACACGUCGUUCAAUCUUGGCUUGAUGGUACACUUUCUGGAGGCUCUGUUUGUGAAUUACAUGCUACAAUUCUCGACAGACUGCUUAAAAAAGCGAAAAACACACCUUGCUCUUUUGAUAAGCCAUCGGUCAAAUGCUUCGAAAAGACGCGACAUAUCCAAUCAAAUAUAGAACGAGUAAAUAGUUUAAGCGAAUUAGCUUUCCAAUUGACAUUCAAUGAAGAAAAAAAGAGCUCUUUCGUUUUUAGCGCAUCUCAGCUUUCAGGACAAUGUUUGGAUGGAGAUGACAUUGAGUUUGCAUUGAAAUCUGGAAUUUUAAUAAGGAUCAAUAAGUCACCUAUGCUUUUGUUCGCUCAGAGGAGUUUUCGGGAAUUUUUAGCGGCAUAUUUUAUUGCAAGGAACGAAAACGUAAUUAAUGAUUUCAUAGCGCGAUAUUUGAAACAGUUUCCGGAUGAUAUUCUCGACAUUUCCGAGAUAUUCAUUUUCCUAUGCGGACUUAACAUUCAAGCAGCUAAUAAGCUAUCAUGCUUAUUAAAUGAGCAACCAACCGCAGAUGGUUGCAUUCAAUUUCACUUAAUGAUUGUAGCUGGAUAUAGAGAAGCAAUGGCAAAUCACAUAGACCAAAAUCUUAUUCAACUGAAGCUAAACUAUUUUCAGUUUGGCCUGGACUCAGAGACAGCCAAUUACAUUCGUCACCGGAUGUGUUUCUAUCUACAUUAUUUCACUUUAUUAAAAUGUGUCCUACAAAGGAACAAAUCAAAUGUCAAGUCAUUGGAAAUAAAUGAUCAACAUUUGACUUCCAACAUGCACUUUCGAUUGACAAACAAAGAACUGCAGGACAUCUUAUCAUCCUCUCAGCAUUGUCUUGAACACCUAAGGAUUAGGUUUGGAAAGAGUACAACGGAAAUAGAUAUGUACGAUGUAAUUGCACUGACUGAUCAUAUAAAUCUGAAAUGCAUUCAAAUUAAAUGCGCACGUAAAUGCGACAUUGCGAGGAUACUUCGUGCACUCCCGCAUUCGAUUGAGAAUAUCACGCUAGAAAAUGUUAAAAUUCCCAAAAACGUGAUUCGUCAUUUUUUAACCAAACAAAAUCAAACCGGCUUUAUUACAUGUACGCUAAAUGAGUGUUCCAUAACAUCAUCUGUUGAGUGUAGUCUCGACUCAAGCAAUGAAGAACAAAUGGAUUCAGCAUUGUCUAAUUCGAAAUCAGAAUAUAUGCGUGACGACAUAUACAACAAGGUCAGUUUGAAUUCAUCCGAAGACUCUGUUCAAUUCUAUGAAGCUUUGAGAGGAUUGAAUAUAAAAAGCCUGUGCGUGUCUAAAAUAGAAAACUGUGAAAAAUUAUCGGAGCUGUGCCAAGAACUUAACAGUUUAGAAAUAUUACGAAUAGCAUCUUACAAGUUUGUCAACAUGCUCUUACCACACACAGUAAGACGUCUGCAUUAUACCUUUUUUACUGCGUCUGAUGGGGAACUGCGCGCUUUCCUAUCCAAAUUGUCCACAUACUGUCACCCUUUAGAGGUAAGACUGGUGUUCGGCUAUGAGAAACAUACGGAAGAACAAUUUAAUGUGCUUAAACUAGCACUGGAGGAAAGGAAAUUCGUAGGUGUUGUUUUGUAUUCUUUUUCAUUUGGUGACAUUGACAGUUUAACAGAAAAAGAUGUCGAUGAUGAAGAAAUAUCGUUUUUCAAAUAUCAUUACCAGCUGCACCAUAAAAAGGGUAUUAUUCAAAUGAAACUUCAUAGAUUGUGUUCAUUAGGUCCUUUGAAAAAAUUGACAGCAAAAUUUAAAACGAAAACUAAACAUGACUGACAUAGAUGUUUAAAUAUUAAGACCACUUGCGAUUGAACACGAUAUAUGGCAUAGAUUAUUGCAUGCUACAAUAGACUGUGUCGCCUCGUUUAAAAUACAGACUGAAAUGUGAACCGUGAAUAGCACUUUAAUAAAUUGUUUUGAUUUAUAGUUUGUUUAAUGUAGUGCUUUAUAAAGUUUGGUGGAUAACGUAGUAUGCGUUCUGUAGACAUGGCGUUGUUGCAUAUAACAUGAUAUGUUUUUGUCAAGACAAGAUGUUGUAUAUAAUCUGAUUAUAUAUUAUAUAGACAUUAUGUUAUUGUAUACCGUAUGUAAUCUUUAGACAUUAUUAUUUUGUUUAUGGCCUUAUAUAUAUUCUUUAGACAUCGUGGCAUUGUAAAUUUAACUAAUAUGUUUUAUUUAGACAUGAUGAUGUUGUAUAUAACAUGAUAUGUAUUCUUUAGACAUGAUCAUGUUCUUCUUCUUUCGUUACAACACUCUUAAACAGAAGAUUUUCUACCGACGCCAAUUAGUUAAGGGGUGAAAACUGCACAAAAGAGCUCAGUUAUGUGUUAAUUAAAAAUUAUUUCAUUGUAAGUUACUGCAAGUCGAUAGGGUGGACAAUAACAGACAAAGGAUUAAGGGUUUUGAAAAUUACGACAGUGGCUGCCUCAUGGUUAUGGGAAGGUAGUGAAUUCCAUUAGAGAACUGUUCUCGGGUAGAAUGAGAAUUUAUGAGUCUUUAGAGGUUUGUAUAUGUCUAAAGCAAUGGUUUCAAUUGAGUAUAGGUCGGGGUCGACAGAAGAAAGUAGGUUAUGAGUAGGAAUAAUGGCAACUACUUGUUGGAUAAUUGUAUAUAGCACGAUGAGACGGCAUUUUGAUUUGCGUGUUUUAAGUAUGGGCAAAUUCAGGGUGUCGUGCAUAUUAGUUACUGAGCUUGAGUUGCCCUGUUUGUGUGCUACACAUCUGACUGCACGUAUUUGCAUUUUUUCCAGUUGAUUCGUUUGAGCUUUCGUAUGUAGGUCCCACAUAGUGGUGGAGUUUUCUAAUUUAUGCCUGACUUUUGCUUUAUAAGCAUGAUAUUAGACGUUUGAUUAAAUAAUAAGUUAAUUUUUAGGUUAUUGAUAAGAAAUCAUAGUGUCUGGUUUGCAUUAUGUGUGAUUGAGGUAUUAUCUAUUUAUUAAUAUAUUUUGAUGUUACUUUGGAGUGUUAGACCAACGUAUUUACCGUGGUUUAAUUUUUUAAGGAUGUGAUCAUGUAGUUUGUAUUGGAAGAUUAUACGAUUUCUGUCUGCGUAACGCGGAGGAUGUUACAUUUUGAAGGUGGAACCACCAACCAGAACUUCAAUAUCUAGCUGUAGCUCAUGGGUGUCGGAAAGUUUGUUGAUAUUUUUAGAUGAUAAUAUCAUCUGCAAACUUAUAUGUCCUAUAUAGUCUACUGUAUUCUGUGAACAUGCUGUUUUAAAUAUACUUAUAUGUAUUUUUUAAAUGUCGUAUAAAACAUGAGAUGUAAUAUGUAGGCAUGAUGAUGUUGUAUAUAACAUGUUAUCAUACCACUGCACAGAUAUAUGUCUGAAAUAACGCAGCGUGAAAAUAUUAUUUAUAUCACGCCAACAGUAGGUUAUUUCAGUCAACUGUUUUAAGUAUGUCAUAUUGCGCGAAUAUUUUACAUAAUUCAUAUACGUUUUAAAUUUUUACAUUUAAUAUUCAGCUUAAAAUGCCUAUUCUUAUCGUUCGUUUAAUAUAUUAUUCAUUCUCAUACGUGGUUCAUGGUAGCUUUUUUAACUUUGUUUUUGUACGCGCUGUUUUUUUGUAGGCGUUUCUUCAUUGUUUAAAAACUAGAUGUUCACGUUAACAGGAAGUUGUUAUAUUAGACAAUUUUUGGAGGUAGUUCAUAUCACUCGCAAUCAACUAUAGUCAUCAUUUUGGUACAACAGAAUCAGGUACGACAAAAAACACACAAUUUGAUGCCAAGAUGCAAGUUAUAGUGUUUUUAACACAAAACGAAUGUUGUCGUUUGUUUGCAUGAACAUUUAAGGGAUUGUUUGUAGUUAGGCAUUCAACGCCUCAACUUAAUAUACUUAUAAAGAGACUAGGGAGCCAAGCACAUUCCAACAAGUUUUAACGAAAAACCUAUUUUAAAUGCUGGCAACACAUGGAUUUGCACAAGCUUCGCCCGGAUCAAAUGUAUAUUCAUUUACCUUCAGUUGUGUUCCAAUAUUUGUAUUUGUUCCAUAAAGCUCAUGUAAAACAUUAACGUGUUGACAAUUUUUUUUUAACGAAAAUGGCAAAACACUCCAUAUAUUCCGAUAAUUUCUCGGUAGUUACGCUUCGUUAUUUUAUCACUUCCAAAUACUUAUUGCUUAUAAAAAUAACACGUUUUUUUCCCCAUUAAAUGUAUAUGUUCCUCAUUUUAUUUCUGCCAUUUGUAUAACAUGUUAUUCUUUUAAUGCGACAAAAAAUUGGAAAAUGUGAACAGGUCUCUUAAAUUUUAAACUGUUGUGUCAGACUAUGUAAGCUUUUACGCUGUUUUGUAAAUAGUUAUUUUUAGGGUUUAAACUUUUAACAUCCGAUACUUCUGAUAUCGAUACGUUUAUAUCCGAAUUGAUUAAAUGUAUCUGCAUAAUAUGACAUUUCAUGAUUUGCACUUUAUAUUUACUUGUAUCCUUAGUUGUACAACUCUGAUAUGAGUCAUCCAUCUGUAAUCGGUCUUUGAAUCAAGUGAACUUGGCGUUUUGUUUGUACUACUUUACAUUUAAGUUAUUGCCAAAUUUAUUAUGCCAAAAAGUAAACACUAACUUUAUUUGUAUUUCAUGCGAGUUUCUGACUGCUGCUUGUUUUAAAUUAUGUAAAAUUUACGCAUUUUUUUGCAUAAAUUUGUGUUUAAUUUUACCA